GAGCAUCGUGUAGGCUACCAGACUAACAGACCACCACUCGCCUGCAGAUCUUUAAACCCCUGAACCAGGGCACCAUCAUGACGUCCUCAACCAAGUACAUCCAGUACCACAACAUUUUAGUGUCCGUUGGCGUUCACAGCAAGGAGAGCUUGGAGUACGCCCAAAAUUUCUCUGUAGAAGACACCGAUGUAUUUGCUGUGACUUACCCCAAGUCAGGGACAGUCUGGAUGCAGGAGCUCCUCCCACUGGUGCUGAAUGGGGGGGAUCUGACGCCGAUCCAAACCAUUCCUAACUGGGACAGGGUCCCCUGGCUGGAGGAGAAAAGAUUAGCACUGGUUGUGGAUCAGUUGGCAUCUCCACGGGCGAUGGCACAUCUUCCUUACCGCCUCAUGCCCCCCUCCUUCCACACCUCCAAAGCCAAGGUGAUCUAUGUCAUGAGGAAUCCUAAGGACGUCAUGGUGUCUUCAUAUUUCUUCCAUCAGAUGGCCGAAUUCCUCGAGGAUCCAGGAACCUUUGAUGAAUUCAUGGAUAGAUUCCUUGAGGGCAGAGUGAUGUUUGGAAAAUGGACAGACCAUGUGAAGGGCUGGAGAGACACAGAGCUGGGAGACAGAAUAAUGUACAUCACAUAUGAAGAAAUGGCAAAGGACCUUCAUGCAGCUGUCAGGCGGAUCUCAGAUUUUCUGGGCCGUAAUCUGAGUGAAGAAGUCAUUCAGAAGAUAGCAGAACAUUGCUCCUUCAAGACCAUGAAGACCAACAAAAUGUCCAACUUCAGCAUGGUCCCUAAGGAGUUCAUGAAACCCGAAAAAUCUCCCUUCUUCAGGAAAGGUGUUGCCGGAGACUGGGAAAACCAUUUUAGCUCCGAGCAGCGGGCCAGAUUCACAUCGGCCAUUCGCAAAGAGCUGGAGGGAGAGAGCUUCUCUCUGCCAUGGAGCAUGGAUUGACCAUCAGCCGAAGCAAAGAGAGAGGGAAAGAGUCGUAGAAAUAAAAUAACUAGGCUAGAAUGUAGUUUUGGUUGUAAUACCGGGCAUAUGACUAAAAGCAUUUUGUUGAUUUUAAAAAACCUAAACAUGGUUUAAACAACCAUGACUUGCAUUAUAGCAAAACUUACAUUUUAUUGGACAGAAAAUAGGGUUUUGUGCUAA